CAGGUGCGUGCCGCUAACAGCAGUCAAGGGUGCCUUUUGUUGGAUCUCGUCUGCUGAUCCGCCGAAUUCCAGCGCUGGAAGGUUCAGAGCUUCCGAAGCCAUGCUGUCGCCGACCGUUUCUUCCCGCCAACUCCCCCCUCUUCAAAACACUACCCCCACCCAGAACACCCCAAAGGGUCCAAACCCGUGUCCUCCCUCCAACCUCCCCAUCACCCACUUCUCCUCCCCCUCCCAACUCCAGCAGCUGCACUCCCAUCUUAUCAAAUCGGGCCGGCCCCUCUCCACCCUUCCCCUCUCCUCCGUCGCUGCCGUCUGCGCCCUCUCCUCCCCCUCUGCCUUCUCCUACGCCCGCCAGAUCUUCCACCGCGCCGCCCACCAGCCCGAGACCGUCCUGUGGAACUCCCGCCUCAACUCCCUCGCCUCUUCGGCCUCCCCCGCCGACGCCCUCGCCCUCUUCGCGCGCCUUCGCCGCUCCGAUAUCGCCCUCGACACCUUCACCCUCUCCUUCGUUCUUAAGGCCUGCUCCAAAUUGUCCGCCCUGUCCCUCGGCCGAGCCGUUCAUGGCCUUGUCGAGAAGCUCGGCUUUCAUUCUGAUCUCUUCCUCCUCAACACCGUCCUCCAUAUGUAUGCUUCCUGCGGUGAGAUGGAUAUUGCGAGGCUCUUGUUUGAUAAAAUGCCGAUCAGAGAUGUUGUCACUUGGAAUAUCAUGAUCACCCAAUACACGAAGGUCGGAGAGAUGGAUAUUGCUCGCGAGCUCUUUGAUUCGAUGCCCGAGAGAAGCAUCCGCUCCUGGACUGCAUUGAUUGCUGGGUACGUCCAGUGCAGGAAUCCUCGCCAGGCCAUUCACCUGUUCCACGAGAUGGAGGCGGCCGGGAUGAGACCCAAUGAGGUGACCGUGGUUGCAGUUCUCGCUGCAUGCGCCGAUCUGGGGGCUCUCGACUUGGGAAGGCGAGUCCACGAGUACUCAGACCAGUGCGGAUUCCAGAAAAACAUCCAGGUCUGCAACACGCUUAUCGACAUGUACAUCAAAUGCGGGUGUCUGGCAAUCGCUCGGAGAGUAUUCGAUGGAAUGGAGGUGCGGAGUGUGGUGUCAUGGUCUGCCAUGAUCGGCGGGCAUGCGAUGCAUGGGCAGGGGGAGGAGGCAUUAGAGCUCUUCUCAAGGAUGACUCGGGCCGGCUUCCAGCCUAAUGCUGUGACCUUCGUCGGCCUCCUGCAUGCUUGCAGCCACAUGGGCUUGUUGGAGGAGGGGCGGCAGUUCUUUGCGAGCAUGAGCAGGGACUAUGGCAUAACCCCGGAGAUCAAGCAUUAUGGUUGCAUGGUCGACCUCCUCAGCCGUGCGGGGCUCCUCGAGGAAGCUCAUGAGUUCAUAAAGAACAUGCCAGUGGAACCCAAUAGUGUUGUGUGGGGAGCUCUCCUUGGAGGGGCCAGAGUGCACAAGAGCAUCAAGAUGGGAGAAGAGGCCAUUCGGCAUCUUUCUCUCUUGGACCCCCUUAAUGAUGGAUACUACGUCGUGCUAUCGAACAUCUAUGCCAAUGCCGGGCAUUGGGAGAACGUGGCGCGGAUGCGGCGGUUGAUGAGGGACCGAGGGGUGAAGAAGACUCCAGGAUGGAGCACGGUCGCUUUGGACGGUGUGGUUCAUGAAUUUGUAGCUGGGGAGAGUGAUCACCCUCAGGUGGAGGAGAUUUACAGGAGGUGGGAGGAGUUGCUGGAGAAACUGAGACAACGAGGGUACAUCCCUGAUACCUCGGCAGUGCUGCACGAUAUGGAUGAGGGGGAGAAGGAGCAGGUUCUGUAUCGGCAUAGUGAGAAGCUGGCGGUUGUCUUUGGGCUGAUGAGCACGCCACCUGGGACAUCCAUCAGGAUCAUGAAGAACCUUCGGGUCUGUAGCGAUUGCCAUGCAGCUCUCAAGUUGAUAUCUGAGAUAGCCGAUAGAGAGAUCAUUGUCCGCGAUCGGAACCGGUUCCAUUGUUUCAAGGGUGGCUCCUGUUCUUGUAGAGAUUACUGGUAGGUUCUUAUAUGUUUGAUUGUGGUGGAUUGCAAUGGUGUAAAGCCUACAGUUAUGCCUGCAAGAGUGAUAGCGACGUGGGAGACCUCUGCGGUCUGAUCCCCUUGUAUUUACACUUCCAGACCUAGGAAGCAAUUGUUUAAUUCCUGACUGUUUCAACUCAUUUGUUCAGUAAAAUUUGGCAUAUUUUGUUUGGUUGAA